CGUGCACUUCUAAUACUGCCCAUCUUUCCUCCAUCAUGGAUGAACGGUCAUACAUGUAUGUUGAAUGAACGGACCCUACCAAUUGAUAACAAAUAAGGCUGAAAACAUCAAGUUUCAGUUUCUUUUUAUGAGAUGUGUUAACCAGCUGUAUAAAAAGGCAAGAUUUAAGAUCGAAUAUGUUUCAGGAACCACUUCUGAAGUUUGUAGCUUUUGCCUUGCUCUGCACCAGCAUCAGUAACGCAUUGGACAAUGGACUUGCAAGAACACCACCUAUGGGCUGGCUGACGUGGGAACGAUUUCACUGCAAUCAAAAUUGUAAAAAGAAUCCAAAGACUUGUAUCAGUGAGAAUUUAAUGAUGGACAUGGCAGAUCGGAUGGCAGCGGAUGGAUACAGGGAUGCUGGGUACGAGUACGUCAAUCUGGAUGAUUGUUGGAGCGCUAAGGAACGCGACGCAGAGGGCAGGCUUCAAGGAGAUCUAGAACGCUUCCCCAGUGGAAUGAAAGCUCUCGCUGAUUAUAUCCACAGCAGAGGUUUGAAGUUUGGUAUCUAUGGUGAUUACGGGACCAAGACUUGUUCUGGUUUUCCAGGAAGUUGGGGUCAUUUUGAGCUGGAUGCGCAGACAUUUGCUGACUGGGGCGUGGACAUGCUCAAGUUAGACAGCUGCAGCUCUAAUAUAACUACAUAUAGUAAAGGCUACCCAGAGAUGACCAGAGCAUUGAAUGCGACUGGAAGACCCAUUCUAUUCAACUGUAAAUGGCCAAAUGAAUUACGACACUACGGCAUGAAGAUAAACUACACUCUGAUUGCUGAGUACUGUAACACAUGGAGAGCUUAUAUGGAUAUACAUGAGACAUGGUCGUCUGUUCUUUCUAUCAUUGAUUACUUUAUACUGAGUCAAGAUGCAAUGAUACCUGUUUCAAGACCAGGCAGUUUCAAUGACCCGGACAUGCUUGUUGUUGGAGACAAUGGUCUGACAGUCAACCAGUCCCAGGCCCAUUUUGCAAUGUGGUCAAUCUUGGCUGCUCCGCUGUUAAUGGCAAAUGAUCUUCGGAAUAUCUCGACUCAGUCUCGAGAGAUUUUACUCAACAAGGAAGUGAUAGCUGUCAAUCAAGAUCCUCUUGGUGCAAUGGGAAAACUUGUGCUCAGGAUUGGAUCAGCAGUUGAUGUGUGGGUGAAGCCACUCUCUGAGAAACAACAGUCAGCCAUUGUGUUUCUAAACCGGUUACCAUCACCUACAACGGUGUCCGUCUCUUUGCAACAACUGGCUGUGAAAUGCUUUGAUAAGUGCUUCCUGAGGGAUAUCAUACAACACACUAACAUCGGUUACAGGGAGACAGGGAAACCGUAUGACUACUGGAUACCGGGCACUGGGGCUUUGAUGUUUCAUGUGCAACCUUGAUAUCACUGAUAGAAAUCGACGAGACCCAAACCUAUCAAAAUUGGGAUAUUUCUAUCCUUGCUAAGAUGUUCAAUUUUCUUCGUUCAAUUCAGAAACUUUAUUAGAGUUAAAGGCUUGAAUUGAGCCUUUUUGUUUUCAAACAAUUUCUAGUCCAUGAGAGGGGGGGGAAGGGCAUCCCUCAUCAGACUCCCCCCCCCCUGCAUCACUGCGUGACAGGCGGCACUUACAGGCCACUGACAUUAUUUCUUUUAUAUUCAUCCCCCCAGAAUGAAAUCAAAACUUUUCUGGCUACCUCGACCCAAUUUCAAAAAGCAUGUAAAGCAUAAAAACUUGCUAAGCUUAUCAAAAUUUGAUCUAACAG